UGUUAGCAAGCUCAAAAAUCAAUUGAUAUCUAAUCUUUUUGGAAACAACCAAUGAUUAGAUCAAGAUUACAUACUUAAACGCCCAUGAAUACGGUAGUAGUUUCCGGUCGCCGGCCGGGAUUCAGUCGCGUAUCGAUUCUUGGGCAACAGUAUCUCAUGCAAAUUCAACGCACUGAAGCGAAGUGAUUUUCAUUGUCUUUGCGACCUAUAUUAGCAUAUUGAUCCCGUUUAAGUCCAUUCGAUUACGGUUGACUGUUAGUUCCUCUGCACAAUAGCUCGGUUCUGUACUGUAAUUGCCGCAAGCUUACACUGCUAGCCAUUUGCAGCUGGAAUCGGAGCCAUGGCUGUAGGAAACGAUACGUUUAGUGUCGUCGAUUAUGUUGUCUUCUCCAUCAUGUUGCUCAUCUCGGCGCUGAUCGGAAUUUGGUAUGGCUGUGGACCGGGUGGAAAACAAAAAACAACAGCUGAAUAUCUUCUGGCGAACCGUAAAAUGGGUGCUUUGCCGGUGGCAAUUUCUCUUCUGGUUUCAUACCUCUCAGCUAUCACUUUGCUAGGAGUUCCAUCGGAGAUUUACACCUAUGGAGCUCAGUAUUAUGUGCUGAUUCUAUCCUACCCCAUCAUCUGCGGCACGAUGGCCAUUAUAUUUGUACCCAUGUUCAGACGAGUGAAGAUAACGUGCGCUAAUGAGUAUUUGGAACGGCGUUUCUCCGUUGGAGUUCGAAUGGUCGGUUGCUUUUUUUUUAUUCUGGAAUACACCCUGUAUUUGUUUGUUGUUCUGUAUGCACCUUCCCUGGCUUUGGAGGCUGUUGCUGGAAUUCCACUCUCUGCAUCCAUUCUCACAACUGGAAUUGUGUGCACAUUCUAUACUAGCCUAGGAGGCCUCAAGGCUGUGAUUUGGACAGAUGUUUUUCAGUCCAUGAUCAUGGUCGCAGGUCUAAUCACUGUGGUGAUAGUGGGAAGCAAUGAAGUUGGAGGCUUUGAUCAAGUAUGGAAAAUCAACAAAGAUUUUGAUCGCCUUAACUUCUUUGACUUCAACCCAGAUCCCAAGGUUCGUAACACUUUUUGGACACUGACUAUUGGUGGUGCAUUUACUGCCAUGCCAGUUUGGACAGUCAGUCAGACAGCUGUACAGCGCUUUCUGGCCAUCAAGUCAUUCAAGCUUGCCAAAAGAGCGGUGUGGCUGAAUGUUCCUGGAUUGAUCUUGAUUGUGACUCUGUGUUUCUUUGACGGACUCGUUAUUUUUGCGAAUUACGCUUUCUGUGAUUUACGAGUAGAAAAGAAAAUCACAAGCAAUGACCAGACUCUUCCGUAUUUUGUGAUAAACAAGCUUGGACACUUGAAAGGUCUGCCGGGAAUGUUUACAGCCGUCCUUUACGCUGGAGCUCUCAGCACUGCUUCCUCGGCUCUGAACGCCAUGGCCCUGGUCAGCUUGGAAGAUGUAGUCAAAAAGAAAGUCCCGGAUAUUACUGACUCUGAUGCGGCCAAGCUGUGCAAGAUCAUUGCUCUGACAUUUGGUGUGAUCGUUAUUGGAGGCGCUUUCGUCGUGAAGUAUGUGGGAACCAUGGUUUUGCAGUUGGCUUACAGCAUCUUCGGAAUCUGUGGUGGUCCAUUGCUGGGAAUAUUUCUCCUUGGGAUGUUUGUUCCACGCGCAAACUCAAAGGGUGCCUAUUUUGGUGUUUUCACCGGUGCUGCGCUGACCACGUGGGUCUUCCUUGGAUCCGUAUUGCUUCCCCCCAAUAAGUACCCAGGUCUCCGAUCUGUUCGAGGAUGUGAGUUUUACAGUAACGCAUCACUUGCCAACAGGACAUAUCCUGAUGGCUCCUACAACAAUGAAUCAGCCCGGAUUUUGGACGAGUAUGGAGACGGACUAAUCAGAAACGAAUUCAAAGGCCACAGCGCAGCCAUCGCUGAUUUCUACAGCAUGUCCUAUCUGUGGUUCAGUGCCUUGUCUGUUCUCACUUCCUUUAGCAUUGGUUGCAUAAUGAGCUUCAUUCUUGAAACAAAGGAGGACAGGGAGAGAGAGAUUGACCCUAAGCUGCUGUUCCCGUUGAAGGAAUGGCUGUGGUCCUUCCUUCCCGGCCAUUCUUUCAAAUGGGACUUCGAGGAUGAGGAGGAGGAGGAAGAUGAAGUAGUGCCUAUUCAUGACGAUGAGAUCAAGAUCAACUGGGAUGAGACUCCACCGGUAGAUUCGAAAGGCAAACAGGAAAAACACGAAAUGGGAAACUUGUACACCAAUAAUCUGAUAGAGAAUGGAAAAAUGUAAUGACACUAGACGCAUUUCCAUUUCCAUUGCUGUCUCCAACUCCUUUGUUUAUAAGUGAUUUGAAGUUUAGUUUAAGCGUUUUUUUUUUUUUUCUUUGCGCGAGCUAGCUGUUGCUAUUUAGCUUUGUAAAAUAAUUACCAUUUUCAGCAAUAAAAGAUGGCGUUUAUGUCGACAGUAAUCUGGGAUAAUUUUGUAAACGGGAGCAGAAAAAGUUAAAAAAAAUUAUAGAAUUCUUUGCUUAGCUUCUGUCUCGCCUCAUAAGCUAUUUUUGGAAGUACACGGCUGUUCUUCAACCUAGAGCUUGAGCUGUUUUAUUUAGACGAAAAUAUUUUAACUUGCUAAAUCCAUCGAAAAAGUAAUGAAUUCAGCGAGCAUUGCAGAUUAGUGUUAGAUGCCGGCUUACUGUCAUCCGAGAGGUGGCCUGUUAAAACAGAUCACAUUUUUUUGUAUCAAAAAUGAAAUGGUGAAGUCCAAAGUUCUUCUAUCAUUUCUUAGAUAAAUAAGGAAUUAAAUAUAAAUUAACAAUUUCGAUGCAUUAAAUAAUUACAGAACGA